AUGACUGACGAAGAGAGCUGCAACGAUACAGAAGUUCUUGAUGAAGAACCACGUAGCAUUUUGCUGGGACUCAUCUCGCAAUUACGCAAGGGAAUGGACUUGCAUCGAGUUACCUUACCAACAUUUGUAUUAGAACCACGGAGUAUGUUAGAAAGGAUCACCGAUUUUAUGAGCCAUCCAGAAUUGAUUUUAAGUGUCUCAAAAGAAAAAGACCCUGUUGAACGGUUUGUGAACGUGGUGAGGUAUUACUUAUCUGGAUGGCAUAUAAAACCAAAGGGUGUAAAAAAACCUUAUAACCCCGUAUUAGGCGAACACUUUCGUGCACGAUGGCAAUUUUCUGAUAAUACAGAAGCUUUAUUUGUAUCUGAACAAGUUUCUCAUCAUCCUCCAAUUUCAGCUUAUUAUUAUGCAAGCCCCGAAAAUAACAUAAUUAUCUCUGGAGAUAUACGACCAAAAUCCAAAUUUCUCGGGAAUAGUGCGGCAACUUUGAUGCAGGGUGAAUCUAAAAUCUUCUUCACUAAUCUUCCUGGAGAAGUUUAUCGGAUUGCAAUGCCAAAUGUUUACGCACGGGGUAUUCUUUUUGGGAGGAUGGUAUUAGAAUUAGGUGAUAAUUCUACGGUUAAAUGUGAAAAGAAUGAUUUGGGUUUUUUUACGGGCGCGUAUAAUUCGAUUUACGGAAAGAUAAAACGUGAAUCUACAGGAGAAUCUCUUUAUGAAAUUACCGGAAAGUGGUCAGACACUAUGUAUAUUAAGGAUCUUCGGACUGGACAUAAAGAAGUUUUAUUUAAUGUUCACGAAUCUAAGAUAUAUCCAAAGAUUGUGACCCCAGAGGAAGAACAAGAAGAAAAUGAAUCUCGACGUUUAUGGUCAAAAGUUACAAAUGCUUUAAUAGGGAGGAAUCUGGAUCUCGCUACGGAAGAAAAAACGCUGAUUGAAGAUAACCAACGUAAUGAAGCCAAGCUUCGAGAAGCCGAAGGAAUUGAUUGGAGACCCAGAUUUUUUUUAAGUGAAAAUGAUGAAUUUAAAUUCAAACAAACUUCCCAUCUUUCAAAAGACCCCCAGGGCGCAAAGCAUCAGAUCGAAUCUUUUAUUUUCUCUUCGAAUUCACCACCCGGUUUCCAUUCGCCGAAUGGACCCUAUCAUCAUCAUGACGAUUAA